AUGGGCCAGGUUAUUCUUAUUACAGGAGCAAAUCGAGGCCUUGCGGCACACUACCUUUGGGCUAUCCGAGAUAUCUCAGCUGAGAACACAAAAGAACUACGUUCUUUGCAAAAGGGCCCUGGCUCCCAGUUGAUACCCGUGUCGCUCAGGCUCGACGUCCCAUCGAGCGCCACCGACGCAAUUACCAAAAUACAAACGCAGCAUCACAUUGAAUAUAUUGACAUUGUCCUUUCUAAUGCAGGAAUUUGCAACCACCGGGGCCCUGUAGCGGACAUGACUGACGCGGACGUACUUUCCCACUUAGAAUACGAUUGUUACAAAACGCUUCCAUCCUUGGCCACGGCUUAUGGAAUGUCUAAGGUAGCAGGCAAUUACCUGGUCAGGAAAAUUGAUGCAGAGCAGAAGAACCUGAUCGCUUUAUGCGUCGACCCUGGACUUGUCCAAACAGGCAUAGGUAGUCGCAAUGCACAAUCCAUUGGAUUAGAAAAAGCUCCAUUGACCGUUCAGGAGAGCGUCCAAGGAAUUAUCAAGCUGGCACCAAAAUCAACUACAUCUGGUCAAUUUGUUAACUACCUUGGCGAGAGAGUACCCUGGUAGGCCAGAGAUAAAGUCAGAUUAGUAAAGAAGUGCCAUCAUAGAUAGAAUACAACAUAGUCCCAGCCCGAUCUUAUUCUCAUCAAUAGUGUGAAUGAUCAGGUGCCUGGCAGUAGAAAAUGCCUGGACGAAUUUUCGUCAAUUUCUGGGCACAUCUUUCUGGCCAGGGGUCAAAGGGUGCUGCAUUCCAGCUAUCAUAUGGGUAUUAAGCAUUCAAUUAUUCGAUGUGCAGUACUUUGGCCUGUAAUAACCAACCGGCCCCCUAUGACGCAGGAGUCACU